AUGGCCGCCACCGCCCUCUCCGUCCGGCCGAACCGGCUCCCCCCCGGUUCGCCGCUCCCCGCGGCGCCGGCCCGCCUCCCCGCGCCCCCUCCGCCCCACCGGCGGCCGCGCCGACCCGUGGGGGCCGGCGGCGUCGGCGGCUCCCCCGCAGCCCCGCCGCCGCGGCGGAGGCGGAGGGGGAGGGCCGGGGGCCUGCUGGCGGCGCGGGCCGGCUCGCGGGCCGACGACUCGGCCCCGUUCGAGAUGUCGGUGGAGAGCGCGCUGAAGCUGCUCGGCGUGCCGGACACGGCGUCGUUCGACGAGAUCCUCCGGGCGAAGAACUCGAUCGUCGCCUCGUGCAAGGACGACAAGGAGGCCGUCGCGCAGGUCGAGGCUGCAUAUGAUAUGUUGCUCAUGCAAAGUUUAACUCAGCGGAGAGCUGGAAAAGUUGUGAGCAGUAGCAUUCGCUAUGCUGAUGUUAAACCAAUUGGUACUCCUACCAUGGGUUCGAUGCCUCAAUGGUUGCAAACUACUGUCAAGAAUUCGCCCUUGUCCGUUGAAACACCAUCGACUCGAGACUUGGGCCUACAAGUUGGUGUUUAUGGUGCAUUGAUUGUUUUAACGUAUGUCAAUGGAGCUUCCACACUGUCUGUAGCACCUUAUGCGGGUGCUGAUGUUCCUGGGUUGAUCCUUGCAUCUAGCUUCGGAGCUUCCUUGUACUUUAUGACCAGAAAGAAUAUCAAGCUAGGUAAGGCCACUAUAAUAACCAUAGGAGGGCUUGUGGCUGGAGCUGUCGUGGGUUCAGCAGUAGAGAGCUGGUUACAGGUGGACAUUGUCCCUUUUCUUGGAAUACAUUCUCCUGCUGCCUUAAUUAGCGAAUUCAUCCUAUUCUCUCAGCUCUUUGCUUCCUUGUAUCUUAGGUAGGGUUGGGAGAUGAUUGCUGCAUUAAGUCGAACCUGAAACCUGUAACUAUUCAUUGCAUGAUCAUGCCCGAGCUCCUUUAGGAUGCAUUUCAUUGCACAUUGUACAAAAUCCACUAUACAAAGAAGUGAAGCUUGACUUGCUUUUUCA